AUGCUCACUAUUGAAACAACAACAACAACAGUCGAAACUUCAAUUGUUACCACAACUAUCAAAACUUUUGUUGUUACUCCACCACAACCAACUUCUCCACCACCUACAUCGGUUACUCCACCUUCAUCUACUACUACAUUUUCUCCAACUUUUGUUGGUGUAAUUCAAGAACCUAUUGCUACACUUUUCUCAUCUCAAUCAACUGAACCUGAGAAAACCAUUACUGAAGCUGAAGCAGAUGAUGAUGAUGUCAUGGUUUCAUUUGUUGAGUUGCAAUUUAAUCUUGAUGAAGAUGAUAUACUUGAUGACUUGAUCAUGUCAGGUAAGCAAUUCAAGAUUCUAAACUCUAAGAUGAAUUCAAUACUUCACUUUUUGGCUGAUACUGGAGACAAGAACUCAACUUGUGGUGUUGAAGUGGAAUAUCUUUUGAAGUCCUCUUAG